GCAAAUCUGCACAUAUAUUGUGUGCUAAAUUAAGGAAUUAAGAAAAAGAGUUUUGGAUAGAAACCUAAAUUUACAUGUUUCCUUUUUGUUCAUUUUAAAGAUUAUUUAUUCAUUCACUUAAACAUUUAUACAUUAAGUAUCUGAUGUAUUUCUUCUUUGUCAUUUCUACCUAUGGUAGCUUGAAUAAUAAAACAAGCUUAAAUAGUGGAUCAAUCAAUUGUAUAAAUUUUUCCGGUGAAAUUCACAAUAUUUAAACAAGCCAAUUCAAAUUAUCUUUUGUGUUAUCAGUUCCCUACUUAGCAUACAAACGAAAUAAUCAUGUCCAUAAGAACACCUUAUGAACGUUUACGUACAUUUUGCUCACAGUUAGCAAAAUAUAUUCCAGAAAUUCAAUUACAACCACCACAUACAAUUAAAAAUUACGGAAAUUGUCCAUAUUUUUAUAAAUUUCAUCUUGGCACAAAGGACUUAGUUGAAAAGUUCAAUGAUGAUAUAUUACCAUCGUCUAAUAAUACUUAUAGACUGUCAAAUGUACCAAGAGAAUCGAUUGGCACACAUUCAGAUGAGAUGAAAUUACAAGAUUUUCAGUGGUUAAUGAAUAAAAAGUUAACAUGUGUUUUAUUAUGGCUUGGUGUAAUCAUUUUAAUUGUUGGAGUAAUCGCAUUACAGAUUGCUAGUUUUUUCUUACAUAAACGACAAGAUAUAUUAUCGAUCGGGGUUGGAUGUUUAAGCUCUGGUCUUUGGCUCCUCUCUGUCACAUUAUUCACUUUUCUUCAUGCUCAUGUUUUUAUUUAUGAAAUACCUGAUGAUAAUAUCGAUGAACACCAAGAUGUGGUUACUAGGAGAAAAGAGGUAAGAUUAUAUUAUAAUAUUAUACCGAGAAUAUUAAACAAAUGCAUCCAAAAUGCAGAGAAAGGCCCUGAUUCUUUAAUGUGCAUUUUCUUGAGUAGAUUAUCCAACUUUUUAAAAGCACAUUCAUGA